AUGUCAUCAAGGAGUAUUAAAGCAAGUAAGAAUUUAGGAUAUGCUUCAGAGAGAGCAAGUAAUAUCCAGAUUCUGCAGUCCAGUGUCAAAUGGCACCGUGUGGCACAAACAGCUAACAGCCUAUGGGAUGCUUACUCAGGACUGUUAAGUGGCCAAGCCAUAAUCUUGGCCAUGAACUCCAGCUUUGUAGAUCCCUUAUUGCAGUUUGAAUCCCAAUUGAAAAUAAUAGAGUCAUCCUUUAAAAUGUUGUUUGCUAUACCAAAUCGUGACAAAGUGAAAGAAAUUGGAAAGAACGAAGAUGACCAAGAAGACCUCGAUAAUUUAUACCAAAAUAUUUUUAACAUAUUUGAGGACACUCUUCUGAUCUUAGUGUCUAAAGACCUCUACAAACUGCAAAUCUUAAAGGAAAUGGCUGUGUGGAUGAAUGAAGAUAGUCUGUACAUGCAGGACAGAGUCGUGACUAUCAUCAGCAGAGUGCUAAGUUUUGCAUCCAGGAAAGUCAAGGGAUAUGCAAGUGUGGAUGCUCCAUGUUUGGGUGUCUUGGCAGCAGAACUGUCUCUUUUGUGUUCCCAUACUGAUCCUUCAAUCACACAACAAGCAUUCUCAGGAAUGUCCCACCUCCUCUGUAUUGCAAAAUGUCAGAAUGCCCCCUCUUCCCCCCAUGGCCAGAAGCCAUUCUCUGGCCCACUGCAGACUCGGCCUCUCCAGCUGCUGGAAGCCACUCACAAGCCCACACUGGACUUGGAAUCUCAGCCACAGCCCCCCACGGCCAGAAGCCACUUUCUAGCCUGCUGUGGACCAGGUGUCUCCAGCAGCAGGAAGCCACUUGCUAGCCCAUUGCAGGCCGGACCUGUGGAUGGCAGAGGCAAACCAUGGCAGUUAACCCUGAAUCCAGAGAAUGAUAGGCCUGGAAGUCAUUGCCUUCUACCUGCUCCCUCUGAUAUAGAAUUUCUACCCAAGAUCUUACAAAGAGACAAAAGUAAAAUUGCUCAGAUCGUGGGACAAACCUUAUUGCCACCCUUGCUAACUGACUUUGUGUGGAGUCUCCUGAUGAGACUCUCUGCCACUGAUCAUAAAACUGCAUCUGAGGCAGCAAUCAUGCUGAAAUUGACUCUGGAAUAUCAUGCCCAUAAGGUCACCAUGGUGUCUAAAAUUGUGGAUGCUAUUUAUAAGAAAUUGUAUGGGAAUGCUUCUCAGAUUAUGAAACAAACUAUGCUGAGGGUCAUCACCUUGUUGACACGUACUUCACCAAAGAAGGUUAUCUUUCAACUUAUGGAUUAUCCAGUCCCAGCAGACAACACUUUGAUACUGAUGUGGCAUGCAGCUGGCUCUGAGGCAAGUGUGGCCCCUCAUGUGCUGAAGACAAUUUUAUUGAUACUGAAAGGAAAGCCUGGGGAAAUGGAGGAAAGAAUAAUGGAAAGAAGACGUUUUUCUCUUGAUGCAACUAAUAUGAUGCCUGUGGCGGCAUCCCAGGCCCUGUGCACAUUGCUGCCUGUUGGUUCUUACAAGAAAGCAGUGGCCCAGUUUUUCCCCCAGCUCUUAAUGGCCCUCAUGCUUCAACUGUUUUACAGCAGCAACCUGAGACUGAUGACAGAGGACAGGCCUUUCUAUGCCCGAGAUGCCCUGCGAGUUCUGCUGAAUUGUUCUGGACUGCAACAGGUGGACACUGCUCUAAAGAGGAAGAAUUGCUGGAACCAAUUUUCCCAAGUACUGUUUCACCAUCACGGAGUCUACCUUAUUGCCAAAACUCUCAGUGAAUAUAACUUUCCACAGUUUCCAGAGACUUUGCAUUAUCUCUACAAGCUCUCUGUGGAAGGUCCUAGAAGAUCAGAAGACAGUGUCAUCACAAUAAUAUUCCUCACUGAACUUCUCAAUAAUUUCUUCAAGGACCCAUUCCCAGAAGAAUUUUUGGUUCUCUUCAGAAACUGGGUCAAUGACUCUGAUCCUGCAGUUUGCAAACUGAGUCUUCAGAAAAUUGGCAGCAUGGCACCAGUUAUCAAUGAGAUAGAAAAUUCCUGCAGCUUAUUAAUAUCCAUCUUGGAUGCUCUCCUUUCCAAAGACGAGACUGUUGUAAUUCGGGCCUUGAUGACACUUCGAAGACUUUUAGGCAAACUGGACAAAGUGACCUACUCUUCUCUGUGUACCAGAAUAGCUUUAAGCUACUGUCCUCUUAUGGAUCAUAGUAACGGAGGCAUUCGGAGUAUGGCCAUUCGACACUUUGGUGAGUUACUUAGAGACAUGAGUCAGUACACAUGGAUGCUGAAUGAUGUAGUUCUUGGAGGCUUGGUACCUCUGAUCCUGUUUUUGGAAGAUACAGAGGCAAGAGUAGUUAAAGCAUGUAAACAUACAUUAGAAAUCUGUGCCUCAGAAUUAAAAUGGUCAACAUCAUAUUUGCUCAAGGAUGAAUAUUACAAUUUUGAGCUGGUAGUACUCAACAUCUGUAACAAUCUUCUCAUUUCUCAUGGGAACUACAUUACAGAUUUGAUAUCUGAUACCUUAGGGUUCCUAGGGAGCUCCAGACCAUAUCUGAAGAGAGCAUCAGUUAUUUUAAUAGGGUACUUGGCAAAAUUGGGUGGCCAUUUACUGCUCACAGAUGAAAUUGAAGUCAUGAUUGAGGCUAUUGAUCGUGUGCUUCGGGAUGAAGAUCCUACAAUCAGGGAGUUGGCAGGAAUAACACAAAAACUUUUUAAGGAAAUAGCCCAUAGACUGACCUCCUCAAAUAUUAAACUAAGCUUCCGAAGAUUGUUUAACUUCAUCUACAUCAAAAAAUUGAAGCCUCUUUAUAAUUAUAACCUGCCCAAGGACCUGACAGGCAGUCCUAUGGAGAUUAAAGAAACCAAGAAUGAUAAGGAAACCUUUAUAGAGGAUAAUUAUGAAGAUGAAUUGGUAAAGAAUGAAGACAUAUCAAUAAAUAAUGGGAGGUUCUUCUGUCUCUUGGAAUACCCCUCAGAAAAGGAAUGA